AUGUUUGUUGCAGUUUCUGCUAAGGUACGCCUUCUGAAUGAUUAUAAGACCAGAGUUCUCACCGGAUCAGCUCCAUCCUCCCUAACAGAUGUCUCCAACACACUCAAGUACUUCUCACAGACUCUCCUCAGUUUGCUCCGAGAUGCUCCAGUAAAGGUGUCCUUCCAGGAGUCUGAAGGAUGGGACAACACCUCGUUCCCUAACCUGGACUACCAGGGUCUGUUUGGAGAGCUGACCAGCCUGUUAGACAUUGUACCCAGAAUUCAACAAGGGCAGCAGGGCCUGGGACAUUCCCUGCUGCAUACCUUGACAUGCCUGCUCCCAUUCCUGGACCUGGCAGUCCUGGAUACAUUACCUUACGCUAUGGCAUCAGCUUUUACAACUUUCCCAGCAACCCUUCAUGAUGGCAUCAUGACACUUCUCUGUACCAAACUGCUGCCGCUCACAUUGGGUCCAAUGCAUCCUUCCACCUGCCCCAGCUAUACAGAACUUUCUCUACCUGCCAUCAUCAUGUUUGUUUGUCUCUACUCUCACAAAAGAGUACACUAUACCCAACUGAUUGAAUGCAUGAUGUCUUUAAAGACUGACCUUUGGAAGGACCUGCUGACUGUGAUAGCCUAUGCCCCCCUCCCUGUCCGGGCAGUGUCAGCUCGGCUUCUGUUCCACUACUGGCCACACCUCAAGCCCACCAAUUCUGAGGAGAUCUACACCUUCUCUUAUACUGGUUGGACCCCCAUCCAGUGCCAGCACAAAGACUGUCCUAACAAGGACCACAGCCCUGCUCAGCAGGUUGUGUUCAGUUGCAGCUUCUCUGCUACAGCUGCUGAACAGGGCCCUCCAGUCUACGUGUGUGGACUCUGUAGCAGGACUAUGUCAAGGGAAGCUAGGAAAACAGCAUUUCCUGUUCUGUCUCCACAAGAGUUUGUCACCAUGAAAUGCAUGAACAAGAACUGUAUGUCCCAUCCACCCACGGCCACCAACACCUGUUUCUCCCCCGAGUGUACGGUGUACCAUGGGAACCAGCCUGUGCGAUACUGCAGUCCCUGCUUCAGUGGGCAGGGUUGUGCAGAGAGAGGUCAUGUGGUGCAGAGGUCCAUACCAAACCUCUGGGCUUGUGACAGAGAAGAACAAUGCUGUCUGGUGGAUUCCAUUAUCAGCCUGUUGAAGGAGGCCCAGCCCAUCACAGACAAGCGGAGCUAUGAGAUGGGUGACCCGUACACCCCGCGACCCUGCCAGCAGGAGCAGGACCAGGCAGGGGCUGACCAGGAGAGGACAGGAGACCCCAUGCUGCUGAGCUGCCACGGCUGCUGGCUCCUGGUGGGGCUGUGUCCUCCAUCUCAGGAGGCACAGGUGGAGCUGCUGGGAAGCCUGAUCUCCUUUGUGUUCAGCUGGUACGAUGCCACGGCUUACCUACCUGAAGGUACUGUUGGAUUGGUGAUUGAGAAGCUGAAAAGUGAGUACAUGAACAAGUGGGUUGAGGCAGUGGUGAACAGUUUUCAGGACAUGGUCAUCUCCUGUCUGCUGCCCCAUCCACCUGCAUACGCUCGGGUUGGGGGAGUCUGGGAGACCCUCUCCAGCAAGACCACUCAAAUGAAGGAAGGCCUCAACAGGCUCCUCUGCCUUACACCUUACAAUGUGGUCACCUUCCAGGUGUGGGACUCUGUGAUGCCCUACUGGUUUGAAGCCAUAUUGACAGAGGUAGAACAGGAUGAUUUAAAGGAGCUCAACGUCAUGCUGUGCAAGCUGUUUGACAUCUACAUGGGAACCUUGCCUUUCUCCAUUGAGAAGAUGUUUGCCUUUAUCGGCCGCAUGUUUGUGAAUGCUACCUUGGAGGUGAUAGAACAGGGUCUCCUCUGGCUCCAGCUCUUGUCAAAGUUUGACAUAGUGAUUCCUGUACGACUGCUCAUUGGGGAGUUUCUGGAUGGAGCCUGUUGUAUCGUCAGCAGUCCAAGAACCAGUAAGUCUGUAUAACAACAGUACAUGCAUGCUAUGCUCCACUACCCAAGGAUGAGUCAAACAAGACAUCCUCCAAACAUCCUGACAAAGAGCCACAGAAAACAGCCCCACCACAGCCCAAGAAAGGAGUUGGGAAAGGGACCACGUCUUGGACCAAGCAGAAGUCAAAGAAUGCAGAUGCUUCAUAUUCUCAAUUCAAAGAGUCUGCCAGAAGUGAACCAAGCACUGACAGAGCAUCAGAGGAGCAUAAGAUGCCUGAAUGUCAUGUUGGACCUACUGUUAAAACAGAUGGGCAUCCAGGAGGUCCACUUCCUUCACAAGCCGGACCACCCCAGCUCCUGUGACAUCCUCCACCUGAUCAUGACGAUGAUGGUUGCCAUGGAACCGUGUCACCAUGACAACCAGGAGGGCGAGUGUCUGACCUGUGAGUCCAUGGCCUUGUGGUUCCUGCUGGCUGAAGAUGUCCUCACAGCCAUCAAUCCUAGACAAGAGAUAAAGCUGGAGCACUGUGAUGACCCAGAAAAAUGCCUGACAACCGCUGUGAAAAUGUCCAGCUCUACCAGCUGGACGAUGGGCUCAGUAGACAGGGAUGCAGAUGCACUGACACAGUCAUCUGAAUAUGCCAGAGGGGGGCCGCCAAGGCCAACAUCCAUAGAAGAAGAGACUGAAAAACAAGAUGAGGAGAAGGCAGAAGAUGUCCAGGUCCAGGAACAGUUGCCACCCAACCUUGAAGAUGUAGACAUAUGGACAGUGACAUUGCCUGAACACGUGGUGCAUGUGAAGAGGUUCCCACCUGAUGUACAGCUGAUGUAUCGCCUGCUGCAUGAGCUUGGGAAACAUGAUGAGCCCUGCAUCGUACAGUACAUCCUGUGCUGCCUGCACCGCCUCUGUCUGAACAAUGACUGCUUAGCCAGAGUGGCCAAUCUCAGUCUGCCAUUUUUCCAACAUCUUCAAAAUGAGCUCCUCAUGCCCAGACUGUGGGAGCUGCUGCAGUCGAGGGAUGGCCAGAUGUCCAGGGCUUGUGUGAAAUUAUUACAGUACUGCAUAACUCUGCCAGAAGGAGCAGACAUUGUCUGGAAACUUGUGCAGUCUUGGUUCCAGUCUACAGAGUGGACCCUACGGUUUAGAGCAGUUGAGAAAGUGGCAGUUCUGGCCAGUUUCCUGGACAUUAAGCAGUGCUCUGGUAACCUUCUGCUGAAGUCUGUUCUGAGCCACGCCUUCAUCCACCUGGUGUCUCACCUGGAGGACGUAUGCCCAGCUGUGUACGAGCGCACCAGGACCAGUCUGGAGGACAUGGACCAGAAGGUGGUCAAGUUCUUGUGCUCCUGUAUGGAGACCCAGUUUGACCUUGUGGUGAACGACCGUCCCAUCAUCCUCCACUACCUGUACGUGCUACACCAGCUGAUCCCCAGGGUCGGGGUCCUGUACUGGGAGUUCUUCGUCAACAGGUUCGACAUCCUGUCCAUCGAGUCACAGACUGACAUGAGCAGUCAGGACUUCUUCUUCCCCAUGAGCCUGUCUUGCGCACAACACAACAUGUUCAACAUGAGCGAUGCCUUCACUCUGAGGCUGAAGAAAGCACACUUUGCCCGCACACGUCAUCACAACAUACGGUCACUGCAGAUGAGCUUUUCAGUCAACCAGUCACCUCAACCCUCCUGCAUGACCAAGAGAAGGAACAGAACACCAUCUGGUUUUGUGGAGACUUUUAGCCGCCAGGAGCUGGAGCGUGGAUCGACAGUCAGGUUGGACCUGGGGUAUCUGGCAGAACAACUGCUGUUUGACUUCCAGAGUUUCAGUAAGAGUGCUGAGGAUGGAGAAGACUACAGUGACUUGGACAAGGAGACUGUGUUCUCCAUUGUCUCUGUUAUGAUGAGGUUUAUGACAAACCUAAAGUACGACAGUGACAAGGAUGACAUGGCCAGUGGUAAGGCCCUGAACACCUUCGUCCGCUACCUGCACCUGCUGGUUGGUUACCAUCAGCAGGAGAAGCGCUUCGUCCUGACACCUGCCCAGAUGCGCUCCUCUCCCAUCUUCCGCUCCCUGCUCAUCCAUAUGCCCGAGUGUCUGGACAGGAAUGUCAAACUUGGUAAGCAGGUGGUCCUGUUGAUGAGCCGUGUCCUGUGGUACUACCCAGCGGUGACUGCCCAGGGACCAGGAAACCACCCGUCCCACCUUCAGCCUGUGGACCCUGGACACGCUGGACAGAGGAACUGGCUCAUGGCAGUCUUCAUCAUCAUCUACAAGUACCCCCUGCAGGACGAGACGUUGUGCAGUUUGGUGAAACAUCUGGUGCAGAUCACCCUGAACACACUCCAGGCACAGCACCACCGCUGUCAGCCUGGCGACCUCAAGGCAUCGGCUGCUCACUCCUGUUCUGAACAGCACAAUCUGGAGAGAGAUCUGGCCUACAUGGCUAUUACAGAGGAAGAAGACAUUGACGACAUUGCAUCACCAGAUGACAUCCUCCUUGACUCUGACACAAAGUCAAGUCUGUUCCAUGCAGUCUCUUCAGUCACCAGUGACCUCUACAAGGUGACCUGAGAUCUGCAGCAGCUGAUGAGGAGCAUGAGACAGGAGCCACAGGGGUGGACAGGAACCAUCCACUACUCCGCCGUACCCAGGCAGUUCAGGUAGAAGAUGAUUGAAGUGUGAUGAUGAGGGGGACAAGCUAACGUUGAAGAGCCCAAUGACAAGACGUAAGCUGCUCUGGCGUGCCAAGCGUCAAAGGUCAUUUGAGGUGUCUCUGACAGACUCUCACCCAGCAGAAUCUAGCCUGGCUCUCCAUGCAACCAGGGCGAAAAAGAAGGCGACAUGGUCCAGUACACGAAGUACAAAAAGUACCAAAAGUACCCGUUCAACUACAGCAAGCAAGACCAGCAGCAGUAGUACCAGCACCAAGGGGAGCACAGGGAGCAAGGGAAGUAAACAGAGUGUUACCAGUAAGGUAUCCCACAAGUCCAGCAGCCAGUCUACUGGUAGCCGCUUCAGCACGGUCACACAGCCCAG